AUGACUUUCUUUGUGUUUCAGAGCGCGUCGGCGUUCCAGGCGUCGGUAAACGAUGACGGUCUGAUCGUGGUGAAGCUCGAGCGUUCGGACCUGCAGGAGAACGCCACGGCGUACGCCGCUCAGUUCUCCGGAGAGCCUCGGCCGAUCCUGGUUCAGUUCGCGAACACCAGCGAGCCGCUGCUGUUCAACACGUCGUAUCAUGGUCUCUGCUACACUGUGGGACUACUGGUCAAACUGGGACAGAGCUGGUCCAGACCCCUCAAGACUGCGUCUGUGCUCACAAAGCCACUUCCUGUCCGCAGCGUCCACAUAUCAGACUAUAAGGAGUCUCCGGAGACCGGCGUGGUGUUCGAGAUCGAGCCUCCGGCCGGAAAUGUUUUCAGCAGAGUCAACAUCAGCUACACGGAGGGACCGGAGCGACGGUCCAUGCUCUAUAAAGAUUUCUACAAAGGGAAGACGGUGUUCAAACACUGGUUACCCGGCAUGUGUUACCGUAACAUCACCUUCCAGCUGAUCUCCGAGGCCACAGUGUACCAGACUGCACUGGUGACACACAGCGACAUCACACACACACCUGUGCACCACAGGACAGUGCCGUACCCGCCGCUCAACAUUUUCCGUAAGAUCGUCCACCUGAGCCAGAGGGCGCUGCCGGGUCAAGUCCCCGACACGGUCCCCCCUGAGGGGGGCGAGGACAGCCGGAGAGCCUCCCGUCGCGCCCGGGACGUCCCUCUGAUGGAGGAGCAGGAGGAAGAGGAGGAGGAGGAGGAUGUGCACACCGAGGAGGCGAACGCGGAGCAAGAGGCCGUUACUCGGUUCCCCUUCAGCGCGACACAAAACAUGACGGGCGCCAACCAGACGACGCCUGAGACUCAGAGCUACUGGCUGGACCCGACCGACGUGGCUCCUGCAGACCGGGAUGAGGAGUUCGUUAACGCCGUGGUGUCGGAGUACGAGGACUCCAACGAGCCCGGUUCAGCCAUGGGUCUCCCCGGCGAGGCCGCCGUCCUGCCCACCAAACUGCCCCCGAUCCUGCUGGAGCUGCGCUGGCUGCCGCCCAGACCCCCGACCAGCUACGACGGCUUCAACAUCUACAUCUACAGAGAUGGUAACUCGACAGAAACGGCCACCGUGGAUGAAAACACUCACGAGUUCUUCACCGAGUUAACGGAGCCGGGAACGUACCGAGUCCAGGUCACCACGCUCAGCUCGUCUGGAGACUGUGAGGCCCGAGAGAGCGCCGCCGACACCGGCUUCACCUUCUACCUCAGUCCUGGCGGCGAGCUGCUGGAGGAUCUCCGGGAGCGUCCUCAGGCCGUCAGCGUCAGACUACUGGACUCGAGCACCGCCGCCGUCAGCUGGGCUUCGUCCUCCGAGAACCACAACGGCAGCCUGGUGUCGGUGGUCUCCACCACCUGCCUCCGACCGAGUCUCAGCCAGAGGAUGGAGAACACGUACUGCAGCGAGGAAAACUCCACGAGUGACAUCAUCACGAACCUGACCCCCGGCGCUCAGUACCGAGUGGUGGUUUAUCACACCAACGGACCCCUGAUGAGUCCUCCGUCUGAACCCGUCAUCAUCGAUAUAGAGCCCACGGGCGUGCUGGAGCUGGCCGUUUACCCUCUGAGCCCGACGGCGGUGAUCCUGAGCUGGCAGCGUCCGUACCACGUCGCCUUCAGGAAGUACGUCCUGCAGACCUUCUUCUUCAACCCCGUCACGCUGGCCUCAGAGUGGACCACCUACUACGAGAUCGCCGCCGCCGCCUCCGUCAUCGCCUCCAGAGUGACGGAUCUGCUGCCGGCCUGGUAUUAUAAUUUCCGUGUUUCCAUGGUGACGUGGGGCGACCCGCCGCUCAGCUGCUGCGACAGCUCGACCGUCAGCUUCGUCACAGCUCCUGAGGCUCCUCACAUCUCCUCGGUGGAUUACUCUCACGGCGUCCUGUACGUUCGCUGGACGUACGGCGAGCUCUUCAUCGACCUGUCGCACUCCCGGAUGCUGCACUGGCAGGUGGUCGCCGUCGGCAAGAAAGGACCAGAGAGGAGCUACUCCAUCGACGUGACUCGUAACGUGAUGCGGGCCAGCCUCCCUCUGCCUCCAGGUGACAUCUACAACCUGACGGUGACGGCCUGCACAGAACGCAGCAGGAACACGUCCAUGCCAAACAUCAUCAAACUGGAGCCGGCUGCUCCCAGGUCGCUGUACGCCGUGAACGCCACCCACUCAGCUGUGACUCUGCUGUGGACCGAGGAGGGAGUGGUCGACUACUACCAGGUCCUCUGUAAACCCAACAAACCCAGCAAGGAGUUCAAGGCUCGCGAGCCUCAGACGGCAAACUCUCACGUGGUGACGGUGUCCGGUUUGAUGCCCUCGUCCACCUACAACUGCACCGUCACCAGCUUCAGCUACAGCACGGCCAGCAAGCCCGCACACAUCACCAUCAGCACCGCCGCUAAAGAGAUGAACCCGAGCGUAGCGGCGAUCUCGGCUCUGGCCAUCCUCAGCAUCCUCCUCAUCAGCCUGCUGGUUCUGUUUCUGCUGGUCCUCCGUAAGAAACACCUGCAGAUGACCAGAGAGUGCGGCGCAGAGACGUUCGUCAACUUUGCCUCGUUUGAGAGAGACGGGAAGCUUCCUUAUAACUGGCGAAGAAGCCUCUUUGCCUUCCUUACCCUACUGCCAUCCUGCCUUUGGACUGACUAUCUUUUGGCUUUUUAUAUUAAUCCUUGGAGCAAGACAGCUUUAAAGAAACGGAAGCUAACAAGUCCCGUUCAGCUGGACGACUUUGACGCCUACUUCAAAGAAAUGAGCAAAGACUCGGCCUACAAGUUCUCUCUGCAGUUUGAGGAGCUGAAGAGUGUCGGUCUGGAUCUUUCCCAUGAUGCAGCAGACCUGCCCGUCAACAGGCCGAAGAACAGAUACACCAACAUCCUCCCCUACGACUUCAGUCGGGUGAAGUUGAUCUCGAUGCACAACGAUGAAGGUUCAGAUUACAUCAACGCCAACUACAUCCCUGUGAGUCACUCCGUCGUCACCCUGAGGGAACAUUUGGAGUGCAGAUAUGAAGCAGAUCGCACUGAUGACAAGAAACACUGUUAUUUAAAAAAAAAACACUACAAAACAACUCUCUCAUGUAGAAAAGUGUCAGUUGAAGAGCCAAAUAAAGUGCAGCUGUGUCCAUACACAGACCAAAUAAACUCUGCAGACGCCCGCGGCUCUCCGCGGAGAAAGAAAGUUGGUCGGUUGUGA